UUGUGUAGGUGUCAAACCAUAUGCUAGGCAGUGUACUGUGUGCCCCGGGUUGCUUUAGCCUGUACCGCUGUAAUGUACUGAGGAAAGUGACCAGUAUAUACGGCAGCACUACCAACAGCGCCUUCGAGUUCCUGUACAAAGACAUGGGGGAGGACCGAUGGCUGUGUUCACUAAUGAUAACAGCCAGCUACCACUUAGCGUACACAGGCGCCGCCGAGAACAAAACCUUCUGUCCCGAGGGUUUCGAAGAGUUCUUCAAGCAGCGCCGGCGUUGGGUCGUUUCAACCAUCGCCAACAUGUUCCUUCUGAUAGGAAAUUUCAAAGAAAUCAUCACCAAGAAUCCGCACAUGUCCACGCUGUUCAUGAUCUACCAGACAGCUCUUCUAGUGUCUUCAUUCGUGGGCCCAGCCACUGUGAUAUUAGUCAUAGCAGGUGGACUGGACUUUGCUUUCAAUAUACCCAACCUCCCGGUGGCAAUUAUACUGACCAUUUUGUCUGGCGUCUUUUUGUACAUCUGUCUAAAGACAUCUGGAGACACACAGAUGAAUAUUGCCAUAUUGCUGAGUGCCGUCUUUGCUUUGAUUACGUCAGCAUCAUUCAUUGGAACGAUCCGUCAGUUGGUCAGUGAAUACUCCGCUCUUCCAGACAUACUGGCAAACAAAUACAAUUACGAGAUCUGGGAGAUGCCAAUACCCACUAGUUCGAUCUACUUCACGACUAUUAUUGUCAUGUUCCUCAUUGCUUCAGUCGUCCAUCCGACGGAAUUCACUUGUAUUUUUCACGGUCUUACCUACCUGUUCUUCCUGCCGGCUGGGUACCUAUUCCUGACCAUCUACAGUCUGUGCAACAUCACAGACCAGUCGUGGGGGACGAGGGAGGCGAAAACUAUUGGUGGCGCUGAUGAUGACAUUUUGACAACUGUGGUGAAAGCUUUCCAAGCAGUAUGUUGUGCUUGGCGGAACACGAAAACAACGCCUCAGCCGAUUAUCAUCAGCAACGUGCCUCAUCGGAAAGCCAGUGUGUCGCAGAAUACGCCGGAAGAAAAAGACAAUAAGGAGCGCCCUUCAAAUGUCCAACUACGAAGACAAUCGUCCGUUAGGAGGUCUAAAAUCACGGCAUAUUACGAUAAGAAAGAGACCACGGAGGAUUGUUUGCGCGUGGAAGACUGGUUGGAGGCUAAUUUCUUCCAGGAGGAAAUCAAGCAGUGCGCCCCCUGGUUCAAAACCCUGGGCUACGGGGAUACCAGUUUUAUCGCAGGGAUGACUAAAGAGGAAAUUCGGUCUGUGGGCAUCACUAAGCCAGAUCAUCUCGCUGCGGUCCACGCUGCGGCCGCCGGUCUUCCUGCCUUCACCAUAGACCCCUACUGGCCCGCUACUGAGAGCGAGCGUAGAGCGUGGAUUCUAAGUGUCGGUUUGGAGGGGUAUGAAGAUACCAUGCUCCCCAAGUUUGAAGAACUCCCUAAAACAACGGAGCUUAGUAAACUCAGAGUAAAGUUCAGCGUGUACAAACCAGGUCACCUCAAACGACUGUACAACGUGAUCCAGUUGCUUCGGGAACCAACUACAGAGGAACUGAAUAUUAUGACGACGCGCAGGGCAAUCAACAUGGCUGUGACGUCACCUGCACCUUCGGAAGAGGAUCAGUUUUGGUCGCAGGUGGUGGAAGAGAAACUUAAACCACAGACCGUCUUCAAGGAAUCCAAGAUGGCGCUGGAAGAUGAAUUAAUAGAGCUCCGCAAUUCAGCAUUAGUGGCCUUCGCCAUCUGUAAUCUGCUUUGGUUGGUUAUAUUUCUAACACUUGGAAACUUAAGCCUGGACGACGAAAGAAGCGACUUGAGCUUGUUCGGCACAAAUCCAAUCGGUUUGCUUUUCCUGGGACUGUUUUCCGUGCUAUUAGUAAUUCAGUUCUUGGCAAUGUUAGCACACCGCCUGCUCACUUUCGUCCACCUCAUAUCGCGAGUUUCCUGGACACCAGACGAGACUUCGGCCACCGUGAAGUCACGUGACGUCACAGAGGGGGCUAAGGUCCAAGUUUAUCGCCAAUCGGAGAGAUCGGUAUCAACAACUUCACUUGUUAACUCUAUGUCGCACACUACAGAGAGUCAUUAUAGAGAGGGUAUAAGUAACCCUGCUCUAGAAGAAGAAGAAAAAGAAGAGGAAGAGGGAGAGGAGGAAGAAGAAGAGCCUAUGUAUGACGUAGCACUACCUGUACGAGGUCGAGUGGUGUAUGAACUUGCCGGUGGAACACAGAGUCAACUAAUAUCCGGCAAUUAAAGCGGGAUUUGUUGAAAUGGACAUCUGACAUAAAAACUGAGACUUAUGCGCGAAAAAACAAAUGAUACGUGUAGUAUCAUUAAGAAAACUUUUCAUCAAAAUACUGAAG